CUCGCCAGUUUGGCAAGUGCGCGAACAAAGAUGGCGGACUAGUUGCUACAACAAUAUGAGUAAUGCGUAGCCCAAGAGAACGUGCCUCUCUCAGGCAAAAUGGGUCAGUGGAGGUGUUGACAAAAACAGGAAUGCCAUGCGUAAUACUAGUUCAUUCAACAAAUACAGUAGAAGCUAAACCGUUGCUCCUGGCUAUUAGAAAAUGUGUAUAAAACAAUGAACUUACAGUAUUUCCCUCAUUUCUCAACUAAUACAGUUAUGUGAAGGGUAUAUAUUGCUGCAGUUAAACCAGCAACAUUUCCAUGACAAGUAGGCCUUCACAAUUUGAAGGACCUUAGCACAUUCCAUGAGAGAUAUUACAUUGUAUCAGGCCGUGCAAUAACCAUACUAGUAUACAGUACAGUAAUAUUACCAAUAACAUUAUAUGCAACCAUGACAUAUCUCUAAAUGCACAGCUUACUGUUUAGCAGUCAAUGUUUGAAACUGUGACAACUUGAAUUGUAGCAUUUAGAUUGGUAUUUUAUCCUAACUAAAGUAUCAAUUUAGUUUAGCUAAUUGCUGAUAAACAAAAAGUUUUUUUUUAAACAUAUAGACUGUAAUAUUGUUACCAGUGAGGAGUCAUUAUGGAUCUUAUACACCAGUUGCCCUCAGGAACACACUACAACACCUUUAUACUGAUAUUUGACAAAGUCUCAGGUAAUGCCAAAGUUCAGUAUAUGCUGGUUGAUCCUGGGAAGAAAGCCAGGGUUGUUCCAAAGGUAACUUCAGUAAACAUGCCACGUCUGAAAGAUCGUACAGGAUUCAGAGCUGUGGUUUAUGACAAUUGCCUGUAUAUUAUUGGAGGAAAAGACAGAGAGUCUGGAACUUGUAUGAACACAAUGUACAAGUUUGAUCCAGAAAGAAACACAUGGAUAAGGAAAGCAUCCAUGAUCAGGGCUAGAACGCGCUUUACUGUGGAUGCUAUUGGUGGAAAUUUGAUUGUGACAGGAGGGGAGGUUAGAAAUGGCAAACUCACAGAUUCAGUGGAAGUAUAUGAUCCUGUGGAUAAUAUCUGGGCAGAGGUAUCCCCCUUACCAAGACCUAGGGCAGAUCAUGGCAGCUGUGUUGUGGAUGGAAAAUUAUUGGUUUCUGGAGGGUUGAGCAAUAUCAAAUUUCAGUGCUCAAAUGUAUUUUGGAUGUAUGACCCCAAAACAGACAGGUGGAGGGAGAGUGUCAAAGGAGGUUUUUUACCACAAGAAAGAGAUAAACAUGUGAUGGUAACAACAGCAAAGAAACAAAUUUAUCUUGUAGGCGGGGUUACAGUUGAUAAGAAAACCAAGAAAAAAGAAGAAGGAAGCAUUUGCUGCUAUGAAUGGGAUCCUAAGCAUGCCGGAACUUGGGUUACAAGUCUCCCUGCCAUGUUUCAUCCAAGAAGUCAAUGUGGUGUUGUUCCUUUAGGUCACAGAUUGUAUGUCAUAGGAGGCCAUACCUUCGAAGAUGACAGAAACGUAACAAUGAUAGAAUAUUACAAUAUGAAGAAAAGGAAGUGGUAUGAAUGUUUCCCACUUGAUGCUGAAGGCUUAUAUGAUGUUGAUGUCUGUGUACUGAGAGUUCCAUUUGAAAAUAAAGAAUUUAGUAGUCUUGGGAUUUGCAUGUAUGAUCGGUGGAUAUUAUGGUAAAAUUUAUUUGUAAUAAUUGCUUACCACUGAUUGAUCGAAAAAAAAUAACUUUGACAUAUGACGGAAAUGGCCUUGGUUUGCAAAAUAUUAGAAAAUUAAAAAGAAGAUUAAAUCUGUGAUCUAUAGAAAUGCCUGGCUCUGCCCAGGUUAAAAUUUGUUUGAAUUACAGAAAACAACAGAGCAAUAGAAGAAUUAAAGGUAUUAAAAUCUCAUAAAUUCUCUGCUCAUUAUUGACAGUUAAUACUACAUGUAAUGUUGAAUUUUGAAUGUCAGUUAUCAUGUUGUAAUUUGGUUGACUGUACUCACAUGGGAUUUGUUCAAUGUAGUUAUUGUGUAUGUGUUUUGUGACAAUACUCAACAAUUUCUGUUAUACACAUUUAUACACAUUUUUUGUACAUGUGUUUCACUAUAGUGCUUUAAAUACCCAGUGAUAUAGAAUAUAUUGACAUUGGAUUUAUACAGUUAUGAUACAUUUCUCUGAGAGAACAUUUAAAGAGAGUUCUGUUGCUCAGGAUUUAAAGCAGAUAUUAAAUAUGAGUGUUACAAACAUUCCUUCCAUCCUGUUUAAUGGAUUUUUUUUAGAAUUUUAUCAGUUUGUCAUUUUACAUUCUGAAAUUCUAUUUUAGAAAGUAUACUACAGGUACCAACAUAAAUUUUUUAAUGUGUACGUAAGGUGCAUUAUGAGCUUUUCAUACUUCAGCAGAAUUAUGGAAUAUUAUUUCAAUUAAAUUCUUAUACUUACUUUUUAAGCACAUAUUAAAAUGUUAACAACUAUAUACUUAUAUAGACAUGUGAAAAUUUUAGAAAUUGUGAAAAAUUAGAUAAUUCAAUUCUGCAAAUGUUAGGGUGCAGAUAUUGUCUAUGGUACACAAUUUUGAAUACACAAGACUGUUGUUAUGAGAAAUAUUUUAAACACCUGUUUUUAUUCCUUUUAUUUAUGAAAGAUUCAGUAACUGAAAGGUUAUAAUGUUUAACCUGUCAUUAUACUUCAUAAAUGAAACAUGAAUUAUCUCUACCCUACAGUUUAUAGUAAUUACUGUAAUAUAUUUUUAAUCUGGCCUAAUUUUCAGCUUAUGGAUUUAGAAUAUCUAGAACAGAAUUUGUGACAUAUUUUCAUUGUGUGAAGACCUGAAUAUCAGAUAAUUUUUGUUAAAAAUGCUCAUAUUUUAGGUUAAAUUGAGUUGUUAAAAAGCAACAGAUUUGAAGCAGUUUUUAAUAAGAACAGAAUUCAAUUUUUUAUUUAAUUUUUUUUCCAUAAUUAUUUUAAAGAAAAAUUAUCAGGUGCAUUUUUUUAUACUGAACAUUACCUGAUAGACCCUUUAAAAACAGCAUUCACAGUGCAAUUAUUGUUUAUAUACACUUUGCUCACAUCAGUUUUUAUUGUUGUAGCCAUACUCAGCACUUGCACAUGCACUAGUCUUUUGUUAAUGUGAUCAGUGCACAUAUUUGUCACAGUUUUUUUAAACACAUUUUGAAAAAUAAAUGUUUUAACAGGUGUUCACUCUAUGUGUUGUGUGUAAAUGCCCAGCAU